GGACGCGAGGGGCCGUUAUUCUUCCCAUCUCCGUGUGCCAGGGGACGCCUUCAGAAGAGAGAAGGAUGAUGGCAGCCAGGUGUGCCCUUCUGCUGCUGUGCUGCAUGGUGCUCCUGCCGGUGGUCGGAGCCCGGUACCUGCUGAGCUGCCCCAAGGGCUGGUCCUACUACAAGCAGAGCUGCUUCAGGUAUUUCCGCCAGCACCGCACCUGGGAGGAGGCAGAGGCACAGUGUCAGAACAGCUACUCUGGAGCCCACCUGGCCUGGGUGGAGGAGCCCAAGGAAGCAGCCACGCUGAGCCGGGUCAUCAUGUACUACCAGCGCACGCAGCCCGUCUGGCUGGGCCUGCACUACCUGCGGCAGAGCCGGGACUGGCGCUGGACCCACGGGGUGAAAUUCGAUGACCUCCGAACGCUUCCUGGGAAUGGUGCCCAAGGAGGAAGCUGUGCCCUGCUGACCCGAAGCAGCAGUUUCACGGUGUGGUCCAGCGCCGACUGUGACCGACAGCACCACUUCAUCUGCAAGUUCACACCCUCGCAAUGAGCACAGCCCUGUGCCCGCACGCUCCUCCCACCCCACCUCUGUGCUCGUCUCUCUAUCUCUCAAAAAUACAUCUAUAAACAGAGAAGCAUGUGA